GUCGUUUCGAUAUCACAUUUUUGUUCUACAGGCAACCUCGGAAGGAUAGAGCGGGUAAAUGUAGCCAUGUGUGUGUAAUGUGUCCAACCCCUCUCUCAACCGGCCUUGGCUCCUAGCUUGGCUGGAAUUAUUCAGUAUCUGUCCAUUUCGGCCCCGCCAAAGCUCGGUGUCAGGAUAUCGCCUCGCCAGCGCGGCAUUCAAACUUAUUCUGGCCGUCGGGCCACGGUCUGAGUUUUGAUAUGCACAUUGCGAGGCCCGGUAGAAAUCCGGCGAAGUUCUCCGUUUAGCUGCUCCAGGGUAUGCGAACAAUGGAUCGCCGGGCUAAAGAUAGCCUGCCCUUCUAGAGCAGAAGCCCAUCUCUUACAGGGUGAUACCCAUGCUGUUAGAAGAGAGUUUUUUGCGGUUAAUAGCCACACCCCCGCGCGCGAGGGGGCGCUGACGAACACCCACAAAAGCUCACGAAGCGCGAUAGGUAUUUGAAAUAUAAUAAUCAAUUCGGUGACGCUCAAGUUGCAGUUCAUUGGAUGAGUGUUAGUUUUCUGACGCCAAGGUAUUCGUGACAUUGUUCGGGGACUUGUCAUCCUCUUCCCUUUCGACGUUGAAAGAAACAACCACCUAGCCCAGUUUGUCACUAUGAUGAGCAUUAGUUUCCUUCGACAGGCUACCGGAAACCUGACAGCUGCCCCAUAUCAAGAUGAGCGACAACCUGCAUCACCAGAUAUAUUACUUGCAAUUAGAGUUGUCCUCAGGGUUAAGGAUGUCAUGACAACCCCGGUCCAUGCACUAAGUCUCAUGAUGAAAGCUGGGGUAACGAUUGGGUUGUUAGAGCAAGGGAUAUAGCAAAGGAACACAAGAAGCACAUCCAACACGGGCAUUCAAGUGACCAAUCCAUCCGACCUCCCUUGUACCGAAGCGAUUGUUGAGAUGAGAAGGGGACUGAGUGGCAACUUCUAACCAGGGUUGCAGCGAGGAUGCUCGUCGACGAUGGACCGAGGAAAACAUCCCAAAUCAAGAAUAUGGACCUACCAUCGCGCACUGCACUGCACCUGCCUCUGGAGUAACAUGGUUCGCCCGUCUCAUCCCAUGAAAACUCCUGGUUUUUCUUUCUGAUAUGGUGUUCGGGGAGAAUACGCUAGCGACGGGCAACAAUGCUCCUUUUCUCAGAUCGGAACGCGGAAUUCGGAAGAUUCGGCCUGCUAGUGGGCAAAUAUUUCCUGCGAUAGAGAGAGGGAGGGGUAGCGACUUAAAUCAACCAGGACUUCUUGAUACUGAACGCCCUGUCGUUAACAUACCCGCAUCUUAACUGGCUGAGUAAACAUGUUCCAAACCUCUCCUUCUAGCUAGCCCAUGAAUCCUGAUAUGAUAUACGUGGUUGUGAUUUUCCGAUACUGCACCCGAACAUCUUGUCUUGAGGAGUGCCGCAAUAUCGCUGCACUGAUGAAGCCGCCUGGAGCUGGGCAUAUUCGACAAGUGGGUAAGGUGUUUUCGACAUUGAGUGGCUAUCGGGACGGCGUGGGAAUAUAUCCCUGCUGGAUUGAGGGAGAAUGAAACAUUAAACCUUGGAAUACAACCUAUUGCUUCACCACGAGUUAGUAAACUAAUGAAUGAGCGGCCCAAGGCAUGAUGAUAUGAUGGCUCUGACAAGGUCAGUUGAGCGACUCCCUUCUAACAUGGCAACGUCAGGGAGUCUUAACAUGUCUCUCUUCGGCUUCCAUUUUCUUAGGUUCUCGAGACCCUGGCUCUUAAAUUGUCGGAACUUGGUCUAAUCUUGAUACACGGCAAGUGGAAGCCAAGUUAUUAAUAUCCGUAGAUUGCGCCUCGGAGAAUUUCACCCUCCCGACUUAGGCCGUUCCGCAUAUCCUGGACCUGGUUCAUUCCUAUAAUCUCCAACAGUGCGUCUGCUCUGAUAAACAAGGUCGCUCUCGGUCAAUGGGCCAUUUUCUUAUUUAACGGCCGGGAACUCAGAAGCACGCAAUCCACUUUGUCUUCAGGUUGCAGUACGGGUGGUUCCUUUUCGGCCCCAGCGUAUCAUUUAAUGAUACCACCUUUCAAGCUCGAAUUUAAUGGUGCCCAUUGAAAACCCCCCGCCUCAAGCCGUUUCCCCGGAUUUAUUCCAUCGUUCGUAAAAUUUGUCGCUUACCCUGGUAAAAUGUAAAGGCCCGAGAAGGUUUAAGAACCAUGCGGUAUCCGCAGAACCCGCAAGGGAGAAAAUCAGCUUGCCUCGGAACGGCAGGAGGGCGUUCGGGAGGAGGAGAGGUUACUGAGUGGCGUUCGCGUUAGGGCAAUCAUUUGCAGACCUUGCCAUUAUUUGUUAACGAAGUGGCUGCUGGUAUGUUCUUGGCCAUGACUGCUCCGCUGUAACAGUGUCGUCCGCUCGCAACAUGGAGGGGGAGCUUGUAGAAUAUAAUCGGGUGGUUUGAAAAAAAAAAAAAACAAACACACCGAACUUUGAAAAAUACCUUCCAUUUACUACUUACUAUUCCCCGGUUUCCAAUCUGUUCUCAUUUAUGCUGUGUGGAUGUAUUGGUAUGUUUGAAUGUGGACUCAAUGAUAAAUAAGGAUGAGCUGGCAGAGGCGUGGCCACUGCAAUUCACAGCCCCUUUGAAAAGUAAUCAGUCAUAUCCUGGUGAAGCAUUCAUGCAUUAAGCUGAUAUCCCUAUUGUUUUACUCAUACUUCCAGAAUACCAUACUUCCAGAAUACAGCCA